GUGGGCGGGCCUUAGGCUGACUACUAACCGAAGAAAACAAAAACAAACAGUGCUCUGAGGGGUUCCGGGGACGGGCUUAAACCAUGGAGUCAUCCUCUGACGAAGAGGAGCCACGCACCUUCAUCCGAGUGCUCAGCGAGAAAUACAACCCAGAGAAUUUCCCCUACGGCCAAGGAGUCGUGGUUAUGCCCAGCCCGCCUGGAUCCCCUGUCAAAGAUCGCCUGUUCUUGCCCAGCAUACUUGUACUAAACUACUGUGGAAUCACUAAAGCUGGUGAUCGGUCCGAUAUCGCAGCUUUCUGUGGUCAUGUGGUGGAGCUGGACCUGUCCCACAACCAACUCAGUGACUGGACAGAGGUCUGCACCAUCGUCUCCAGCAUCCCCCACCUGGACUUCCUCAAUCUGAGCAUGAACCCUCUGAGCAGCGUGAACCUGGAGCCCAGCAUGGCUGACGUGUUCUCCAGAGUCCGGCAGCUAGUCCUCAACAACACACACGUGGCCUGGGACACAGUGCACACACUCACACAGCACACACCAGAGUUAGAGGAGCUCUUCCUGUGUCUGAAUGACUACGACGUGGUGUCAGAAGCCAAGAAGUCCUGUCCGUCCUUACGCCUGCUGCAGAUCACAGACAACCAGCUGCAGUCCUGGGCAGAAGUGAGGAAGUUUGGAAAGAUGUACCCCAGUCUGAGAACGCUUGUGCUGGCCAAUAACAGUUUAGACUCUGUGAACGACACUCAGGAAACUCUGCAGCGCCUGUUCCCGAACCUACGCAGCAUCAACCUCAACAACUCAGGCCUCAGUAAAUGGGAGGACAUUGUAAGUCUGAAUUUCUUUCCCAAACUGGAGGAAGUCAAAGCGAUGGGGAUUCCUUUACUGCAGCCGUACACCACCCAGGAGAGACGCUGCCUCCUGUUAGCGCAGUUGCCGUCUGUCGGGGUGUUGAACGGUGGUAAGGUAUCUGAUGGUGAGAGAGAGGACGCUGAGAGGUUUUUCAUCAGGUACUACCAGGACCAGGACUGCCCAGAGCAGGAGCUUCCUGAGAGACUGAACUACUUUGUUUAUUUAAAAAGGUGGAAGGUCUCAAUGAUGUUCGUCUUUGUACAGACACGAGCUAGCCCUCAGGAAAUCCUGUAUCCAUAUGGACCUGGCACCAGAGAUCUAGAGACACCAAAGAUGGAUGAUGGGAGUUCUGCUGAAAUCAAUUUGCUCAUUUCCUUCAUUUACUUCAAUGUUCCCUAUCGUACCAUCUAUGUCAACAACAACGGUGUGAUCUCCUUCAACGUGCAAGUCAGCCAGUUUACUCCAGAGGCUUUCCCCCUGAGUGACAGCAGGUCAUUCAUCGCUCCGCUGUGGGCCGACGUGCACAACGGCAUUCGAGGAGAUGUUUACUACCGAGAAUCCAUCGACCCAGAAAUGCUGGAAAGAGCGACGCAGGAUGUGCGGAAGUACUUCAAAAACAUACCCUCCUUCACCGCCACCUGGCUCUUUAUCGCAACGUGGCACCAGGUCACCUUCUAUGGUGGAAGCCAGACAACCCCGGUGAACACAUUCCAAACUAUACUAAUCUCAGAUGGUGUGACGUCUUUCACAAUGUUCAACUAUGGAGAAAUCACAUGGAGCACAGGGACAGCCAGUGGUGGGGACCCUUUAACAGGACUGGGUGGUACUACAGCUCAGUCAGGUUUUAAUGGAGGAGACAUUGGUCACUUCUUCAACCUGCCAGGAUCACGGUCAAACGAUGUGGUGAACAUUGAGCAGACGACCAAUGUAAACACCCCAGGGCGAUGGUUCUUCCGUGUAGACACUGAACUGAUAGAUCCCGCCAAUGGCUGCAGCUACAAUGGACGUUUCUACAGACGAGGAGAAAUCUUCUGGCUGUCUGAUCAGUGCUCCCAGAGGUGUCGCUGCCUUGACCUUAACAAUGAGGUUCAGUGCAACGAGGCUCCCUGCGGCCAGCUGGAGAUCUGUGAACAGCAGGAUGGGGCGUUUUACUGCCAGCCUACCCGCACCAGCACUUGUGUGGUAUUCGGAGACCCUCAUUACCACACUUUCGAUGGCUUCCUCUAUCACUUUCAGGGAACCUGCUCCUACCUGCUGGCUCGACCUUGCUGGGACAUGGCGGGGCUUCCCUUCUUCAGUGUGGAAGCCAAAAAUGAAAACCGCGGUGUCACCUCUGUUUCUUGGCUUAGAGACGUCACAGUGGAUGUGUACGGUCAUCGGGUCACAUUACCCAAAGGCAGUUUUGGAAGAGUCCAGGUGGAUGGCUUGAUGAAAACAUUACCGGUCCAGCUCCAGCUUGGUGCCAUCAGGGUAUACCAGUCUGGGCUUGCUGUUGCUUUAGAAACAGACUUUGGACUCUUGGUAACCUAUGAUGGCCAGCACUAUGCAUCCAUUUCCCUACCCAGCUCUUACUUUAACAACACAUGUGGCCUUUGUGGUAACUACAACGAUGACCCGGCUGACGAUCCCGUGCUUCCUGACGGCUCCAUCGCAGAAAGUGUCGUGGAACUCGGGGGCAGCUGGAGGGCAGAGGACACAGACUGGAGGUGCACGGAUGGUUGUGCACAGAACUGUAGCAUGUGUGACCCUCAAACAGAAGCCUUCUACUUUCGCUCAGACUACUGUGGACUCAUCAACAAAACUGAUGGACCCUUUAGGGACUGCAGAGCUGUGGUGGACCCUACAGCCUUUGUGUAUAGCUGUGUGUAUGACAUGUGCAACAACAGAGAUAAUAUCACAACACUCUGCCAGGCUAUCCAGGCUUACGCUCUGGCCUGCCAGGCCAUUGGAGUCACGAUACGACCCUGGAGAUCUCGCACCUUCUGCGCUCUGUCAUGUCCGGACUUCAGCAGUUACCAAGUGUGUACAAGUGCCUGCCCAGCCUCCUGCUCAGACCUCACCUCUCCCUUGUAUUGUGCUCACCCUUGCACUGAGGGCUGCCAGUGUGACCCAGGCUACGUUCUCAGCGGCAGCCGCUGUGUGCAGCUUGAAGACUGCGGCUGUGAGCACAAUGACCUCUAUUACCCCCUCAAUUACACUUUCUGGGCAGGUCCCAGUGGUGAAGAAGGUGAAUGUACACUCCGCUGCACCUGCGGGCUUGCUGGGGAAGUCAGCUGCUUCAAUGAGUCCUGUAAAGACGGGGAGGUGUGUGCUGCUGAGGUUGGUUUGCUGGGUUGCUACCCUCGAAGGGAGGGAGUGUGCUCAAUCACCCAAAACUCAGUAACAUCCUCCUUCGAUAGCACUUUCCUGCUGUUCCCAGACGACAGCUCCUACUACCUGCUGAAGCUGUGCGGUCCAGUACCAGCUAAUGGCUCGAUGGUGGAGGUGAAGAUAGGCAGGCGACUGGUGAACAAAGGCCCGACUUGGAAGAGGCCUGUGGUAGUUACAGUGGCUAACAUGGAAGCUCAGAUGGGAGGGUUAGAUUUUGACACAGUAAAGGUGAAUGGGGAACCAGUGGGGCUUCCAUACGUUCAUCCAAUGGAGACGAUGAUGAUCUACAGAGCACCAGGCAAUGCCACAGUGGUGGAGUCCCGGGGUCUGCUUCGUGUUCACUACACACGCCAAGGAUUCAUAAACAUCUCCCUCUCCACCAUCUUCUACAACGUGACGUGUGGUCUGUGUGGCGUCUUCAAUAGCAAUUCCACGGAUGACCUUCGCCUUCCCAAUGGACGCCUAGCGGACUCUACGGAGCAGUUCACAGAGGGCUGGCGGGCCAUUGCUGACGACCUCUCCUGUAACGGUGACUGCGAUGACUUGUAUCGAAUGUGCACUGACUUGCGUCUCUACCAGAGUCCCUGGAUGUGUGGGAACAUCAAUGACCCUGGGAAUAGUUCAUUUCUGGCGUGUCAUGCGGUCGUCAACCCUUCUCCGUUCUUCAGGAACUGUCUGUAUAACAUGUGUGUGAAGGAAGGGAACCGUUCGGCCCUGUGUUCCUCAGUGCAUGCGUACGCCACUGCCUGCCAGGAUGCUCAAGUGGGUCAUGCUUCCUGGAGGAGUGCAACCAACUGCCCUCUUCCCUGUCCAGAGAACAGUCAUUUUGACGAGUGCACCGGCGCCUGCCCUCUGACCUGCUCCAACUUGGAUGAACCAGAAGAGCCGUGCCCCCUGCCGUGCCAGGAAGGCUGUCAGUGUGAGGAGGGCUUUGCGCUGCGUGAUGGCUUGUGUGUGGCUCGCAGUGACUGUGGCUGUGUGAGCCACGGGCGCCAGUUGGCCACUAAUCAGACUUUCUGGACGGACUGGGAAUGUCAGGAGCGCUGCUACUGCAACGGCUCAGACAACAGCGUGUACUGUCAGCUCGCGCCCUGUCACUCUGAGGAGUACUGUCAGGAGAAUGAUGGCCUGUAUUUCUGCCAGCCACGCACCGAGGCCCUGUGUGUGGCAGCUGGUUAUGGGCAUUUUCUUCCAUUUGCUGGCGUUCCUUUUGAGCUGCAGAGCUCUUGUACUCUUAGGAUGGCCACCACUGAUUGUGGGAGAGAUAGCACAGACCCCACAACCAUCAGCAGAACCUUUCCUCGAUUCAAACUGGCUGCUCGAAAUGAGGAGAGGGACACGGGCCAGGCCAUUUGGGUGAGGGGUUUCGUACUGGAGGUGUACGAUUAUGAGAUUGAAGUAUCUCGAAGCUACAAAAACACUGUCACGGUGAAUAAAGAGCGCUUGUACCUUCCUCUGAGGCUGGGUCCAGGGAAAAUCAACAUCUUCACGUGGGGCAUGCAGCUCAUUCUGGAGACAGACUUUGGCCUAAAGGUGGCCUUCGACUGGAACACUCUGCUCUUGUUAACUUUGCCCCGUGACCUCUAUAACACCUGCUGCGGUAUCUGCCAAGGCAUACCUUUAUCCCCACCCAUGUUCCUCACGACGGACUGGGGCAUGUCGUGGGCAGAGAGGGACACCUUCUGCCAGGUGGGCUGUGGAGACUCCUGCCCACGCUGCGGCCUGGGAGACAAAACGGUGAGGCUGUGUGGGCUGAUUGUGGAUCGAGCCGGUGUGUUUGCUAGAUGUCACAGCAAGGUGGCGCCAGCGUUCUUUUAUCAGAGCUGUCUGCAGGACACCUGUUUGGAUCAGGGAGCUCAGGAUACUAUCUGUAACUGGCUGCAGAUGUAUGCCAGCACAUGUCAGACCCAAGGAGUGCCUGUUACCGGCUGGAGGAGCGACACACCGUGUGUCCAGAGCUGUCCUCCAAACAGCCACUACUCCAGCUGUGUCUCAGUGUGCCCGCCUCAGUGCGCCCCCGCCCGGGGACAGAGGGACUGCAGCCAGGACUGUGUGGAGGGCUGCCAGUGUGACCAGGGCUACGUGCUCAACGGCAAGAGCUGCAUCCUGCCCCAAAACUGUGGCUGCUACACUGAUGGCAAGUACUAUGAGCCCAAACAGCUUUUCUGGAACAACGACUGUACCAAACGCUGCCAGUGCAUCGGACGAAACCUGAUCCAGUGUGACCCCCGGCGCUGUAAGGCAGAGGAGGAGUGCACCCUGCGGUACGGAGUGAGAGGCUGCUUCGCGCGGCGCUCCCAGCACUGCGUGGCGUCAGGCGGUGGGGUCUUCAGGACCUUUGACGGGGCGUCGCUGCGGCUGCCGGCCUCCUGCUCCUUCGUCUUGUCCACAAACUGCCACAAGCUGCCCGACCUCUCCUUCCAGCUCAUCGCCAACUUUGACAAAUGGAGCACACCAAACCUCACCACCAUCUCUCAUGUGUACCUCUACAUCAACGAGGAGAAUAUACUCAUCUCAGGCAACACGGUCAAGGUCAACGGUACACCAGUCUCCGUCCCGUUCGUUACCGGACUGAUGACACGCCUGUCCACGUCUGAGGGUUUCAUCGUCAUCGACACGCCUCAGGACAUCCAGGUCAGAUACAACCACUUUAACACGCUCAGCAUCACAAUGGGCCAGCGGCUUCAGAACAAGGUGUGCGGCCUCUGUGGGAAUUACAACGGAGACCCCAGUGACGACUACAUCACCUCCAGGGGCAAGCCGGCUGUAAGCGCCCUGGAACUCGCUCAGAGCUGGAAGACCAACGGGAUGCAGAACAGCUGUGAUGAGACCCAGUAUGUGGCUCUGGCUCAGUCCUGUGACAACACGGCCGUGAUGGCUCUACAGGCUGAAGACGCCUGUCAGAAGCUUACCCAGCUGAAGGGUUUCUUCCAGCCCUGUCACGGCCUGCUGGAUCCACGUCCUUUCUACCAGUCCUGCUACCUGGACGGCUGCUACAACCACCGCAAGGCUCAGGUCUGUGGCUCACUGGCAGCCUACGCAGAGGCCUGCCGCUCCCUGGGGACCCUCACCACCAAGUGGAUCACACAGGAGAACUGCUCAGAAUGGAUCUACGACCCCUGUGCAGGAGAGAUCUGCACAAACUUCACCUGUGAGCUGGAGAACGGAGGGGACCUGUGUGGCUGUCCGGAGUUACCCACCAGCACGGGAGGUGACGAUGAUAUCAUCCAAGCGGAGGUGAACUGUAAACAUGCUCAGAUGGAGGUCUCCAUCUCAAAGUGUAAGCUCUUCCAGCUGGGCUUCGAGCGAGAGGACGUCAGGAUCAACGAUGAGCACUGCCCCGGCAUCGAGGGAGAGGACUUCAUCUCCUUCCACAUCAACAACACCAAGGGACACUGCGGUUCCAUCGUACAGUCGAAUGGCACUCACAUCAUGUAUAAGAACACUGUGUGGAUCGAGAGCGUGAACAACACGGGGAACGUCAUCACCAGAGACAAGACCAUCAAUGUGGAGUUUUCCUGCGCAUACGAACUGGACCUGAAGAUCUCUCUGGAAACUGUCCUCAAGCCCAUGCUCAGUGUUAUAAACCUCACCUUACCGACCCAGGAGGGAAACUUCGUCACCAAGAUGGCUCUCUAUAAGAACGGCUCAUACCGCAAUCCGUACAGGGAGGGCGAGGUGGUGCUCAGUACCAGAGACAUCCUGUUUGUGGGCGUGUUUGUGGAGGGGGCCGACGAAAACCAGCUCAUCCUCAUCGUGAACAUGUGCUGGGCAACGCCGUCCCGCUACAGCAGCGACAGACUGCGCUACAUCAUCAUAGAGAGAGGGUGUCCAAACAUCAAGGACAACACCAUCGGCAUGGCAGAGAACGGCGUGUCACUCACCUGUCGCUUCCACGUCACCGUCUUCAAGUUCAUUGGGGAUUACGACGAGGUCCACCUUCACUGUGACGUCUCACUGUGUGACUCAGAGACGAACGCCUGCAAAGUGAACUGUCCACACAAGAGGAGGAUGUACUCUGAGGAGAGUAACCAUAAAGAGCACAUACUGAGUGUGGGGCCCAUACGAAGGAGAGAAUCUGACUGGUGUGAGGUGGACAACGGAGGCUGUGAGCAGAUCUGCACCAGUAAAACAUCUGGACCCAUCUGCAGCUGUGUGACUGGGAUGCUGCAACCGAACAGGAGAAGCUGCCGGACUGUGAGCUCCGGCUGUAAAUCCACACCUGCGGUUUCUCUGCUGAGCGUCAGCGCUGUGAUCUGCAUACUCGUGGCUCAUAUUUAUACUCUCUUCUCCUAACACCCUGUGAGCAAAGGAAAGCAACACAGACACAAGAGAAAACACAAACACAAAAAGACUUGAAGAUGCACAAAGUUUCAGCAUUGAUUAUCCAGUAGCUUGCAGCAUUGUCAGCUGAAGGUAUGUAAGUCUCACCUCUUGAAUUCCACCCCUCCAUCCCUCAUGUUGUCAGUCUUCACCUUUUUUUUACUUCACAUAUCAUAACAGUAGUUUUGUGUUCAUUUAAAACCACAUUGUGCGGAUUUUUAUUUUACCAUAUAACAUCUUACAAAUCAUGUGAUGGUCUUGAUGUGUAAAGCAAUCUAUGGUGUAAUGUCUGUAUCAGUAUCUGUAUUUAAUACUGCCACAAGAUGGCGCCAAAGAAAAGAAAAGAAAGUCUCUGGCAAACACAUGUUGGGUGGAAGGUGUAUUUAUUAUGAACACCAUGCAUCUUCUAAACACCAAAGACAGUGGUGUUAAAUCAAAUGCUGCAGUCCCAAUCAUCUCCCUGACUCCCCUCAUUAUUAACACUGCUUUGGAUUCGUGAUAAUCUGCGUAGGAGCUAAAUGUUACCACUGAAUGUUUACUGCGAAUGAAUAGUUACAUAACAGCCCCGAGGAAUGCAGCUGGAGAGAGCACACCUCCUUCAGGGCCAGUAGUCCAGUCUUCUGUAAUAUGCAAAUCUGCCAAGUGUAAGCACAUUAUUUUGAUCUGUGAGUCUCCUCUGCUGUGAUUGCUCGUUUGUGAGUCUGAUCUGGAUCCCCUCCAAAGUUUUGAUGGUUCAUGCACAAGCCUCGGGACAGUCAUUUUUCACUAAAGCCUGUUUGACAACCAAUCUGUACCGCUGUGUCUGCUUGAGGAACACGCCUGCAGUAAAUAUGUUUUGGUAUAAACCAGCAAAUGUACUUUCUAUGUGACCCCUGAAAGCAACAAUGACUGUGUUUAUCACGCUUAAUCAACAAAACCAACAUUGGUUUAUUGUCACAAAGGGUCUGCAGAUCAUGCAUGAAAAUCUCAUCAAGAGAGGUGGCCUACAUCUUUCUACACUGUAAACCUGAACAAAUUGAAAUGACUCCAAAUGAUUGUGAUAACUGAUUACAUAAGACUUUCUAAGUAACAGAAAUAAAAUGUUGGAGUAUAAAUU